AUGGCCACGGUUCGCCAACGCCGGGCGCCGUGGCCGGCUCUACUCUUGUUGAUAAGCGGCUGUGCCUUGUUAAGGCUGAGUUGGGCCAAGGCCAACUCGCUUCAUCAACGGCUACAGAAGAACUCGCAUACGCCGCCAGUGGAACCGGGUCAACCCCUAAGGGUUAUGAUUGGCAUUUAUGUCGAAAGCAUUGGAAAGUUUCAGUCCACGGAAAUGGUAGGUACUGUAGUUGGAGUAUAUGAUGCGGUAUAUAUAUCUGAACUUUUAUUACUGCUUCGUAGUAAGACAGAAGUAGUGAUAAGAGUGAAUAUAGAACAAAAUAGUCUGCUAUAGGAGUAGGGAAUAGAGGUAAAAUCAGGGGUAAGAGUAGAGGAUAUGUAUGGUUAAAAAACUAAGAUUAAUGUCAUUUUUUUAGUCGUUCGAUGCUGAUUUAUACCUCUACAUGAACUGGAAAGACCCUCAACUAGCUCACAAUGAAGGCGAACAUAUACUUAUUAAUGAUCCAAAACUCAGGGAACACAUUUGGUACGAAAAGUCAUUUUAAGCUAGUACUGAAGCAUAGUAUAGCAUACUGAUAUUUACCAUACUGAUACAGUAUUAAAUACUAAUACUUAUAAUACUCAUAUAGUAUUAAAUUCUGGCCAUAGCCUCACCCUAACCCAGUCUUAAUCUAGCCAUGCUCUAUCAUACCCAUACUUUGUAUCAUAGUAUUAAAUUACUAAAAGUUAGUAAUGUGCAAAAAUUGGUCACUUCUCCGUAAAAAAUAGUACUAUAUUGUUGUAGUACUAUUUUAUUAUUAAUAUAAGUUAUUAUAGUACUAAAUUGUUAUGGCCAACUGAUAAAAAUAUAGCAUCAAGUACCAAAAUAUAGUACCCCAUUCUUAAAAGCCCAUAGUACAAAGUUAUAAAAUCAAGUACCCAAAUAUAGUACUAAUACCCAGCUUGAAGCCCUUAGCGCAAAAAAUAUAGCACCACGUACUGAAACAGUACAAAAGACCCAUCCUGAAGCCCUUAGUACAAUGUUCAUCUAUUUUUAGCACUAAAAAUCCUUUUUGAAAAGAUUUUGUUUGUUUAGGAUGCCCGACUUGUACUUUUCCAAUUCACGCUCAGCCAAGUUUCAUGACGUCAUGGUGCCGAAUUUUAGUUUGUUUGUAGCCGAAGAUGGCAGCAUCGCAUACUCAGGAAGGUAAGUAUAUAAAAAUUUUAAUAAAAAGAUUUUAAUGUAAAAUACGGUCUUAGAUAAAUUGGGAUUUUUUUUAUUUUAAAACCUUAAAAUUUAAAAAAUUAAAAUACUUUACCAUACUAGCCCAAAAGACAGUAAAAAGUGCAAAUAUUAGCCAUAAGUUACCGUUUUUCACUUUUUCAGGCUGACUAUUACUGUAGCAUGUAACUUAAAUUUGGUAAAUUACCCCAUGGAUCGACAGAAAUGCCAAAUUCGUACUUUGAGUUGUAAGUUUAGAUCGGUAUAGACCUGAAAAAUAUAAUAAAGCCCCAACAAAGAUAGAAGGUUAGGCCAGAGCUGGGAACAUAAUUUGGAUCGUACCCUAGCCAUAUCUUAGUCGUAGCAGUAUUCUAGCCUUAUCCCAGCCCUAGCUCAUCCUCCUCUAGCCUUACUUUACCCUGUCCUAUCUUAUCUUGCUUUAACCAACCCUACUCUGACAUUUCUAACAAUACCCUGUCUUAACCGACCUUUUCAUAUCCUACCCUACCUAUACUAUCCUUCCCUACCUUACCAUCAGCGCGAGGGGGAGGGACGGGGGGGGAGGGGGGGGUACUCCCCCCCCCCAAAAAAAAACUUUCGAAAAAAAGUUAAACGUGAUCCCCCUGUGGAUUUUUUUGGACCCCCGCCCUCAGACCAAAAGUCCCCGCCCGGCCCUGAUUACCAUGCCAUACUCUUUUCAAAAAAUUUCAUUUUGUCAAAAAUCAAUGGCAAAUGAUCAAAAUUUUCUUUCAGAUGCAUAUAUUGCAAACAAAGUAAAUAUCACUUGGUUUUCAAAAGAGCCAAUUCGAAAAAACAGUGCCAUCGGACUGCCUGAAUUUCAAAUCGACGAAAUUAGUCCAUCAUAUUGUGAUGGGACUUAUCGAUACGCUUUUAUGGAUCAUUCCUAUAAAGAAGGUAACCUUUUAUAGCCAAACUAUGUUGUAGGCUUAAUAUUUAGCUAAAAAGAGCAGUAAGCUUAAUCUUUAGCAAAAAAUAUGUUUUAGGAUUAAUCUGUAGCCUAAUUAUAAUAUUAAAACUCAAAAAAAAUUUGUCGUUUUUUACUAUUAUUUGUAAUGUAAAAUAGCGUCAAGACUUUUCUGUCAUCAUUUUUAAAGUGAAAUUAAUAAAUUAAUAAUUUUUAUUCAUUUUAGACAGAUUCAGCUGUUUGGAAGUGAAUAUUCACCUUCGCCGAGCCAUUGGCUAUCACUUGGUACAAUCUUUCACUCCAACCGCCCUAAUUGUCAUCAUUUCUUGGGUUUCUUUUUUGGAUUGGUAAGUUUAUUUUAUAAUUUUUUUUUCCGAAAAAAAAUUUAAAAAACUUCGAAAUAACUCAAUUUAAACCAUUUUUUUAAAAAAAGUAUCAAAAAAAGUCUUGUCGUUUAUCGCCAUACAAAACAGUGUAAACUAACGACAAGACUUCUUUUUAAUAUAUACCCUAAUAUAAAUUUUAGUACAAAAUGAAAAAAGAUAAUAAUUUUUAUUUCUUUUCAGAUCGACGUGCCGUUCCGGCUAGGGUGACUCUAUCAUUCACGACACUUUUAUCGUUGUCAACAUUGGGUAACGGUCUUAGGAUUGGUCUGCCUCAAGUAUCAUAUGCCAAGGCUUUAGAUCUUUGGUUUGGAGGUAAAAUUUUAGCAAGGCAUUUUGUAUUUUACCUAUUUUUAAUCGUUUUGAGAUUAAAAACUCAAUUUUUUAAAUAUUGUAUACGGUAGAACUACUGUAUAACAAAAUCGUGUGUAACAAACCCAUUCCAAGCCCUUAUAAUAUUGUAGUAUGCAUGCUCCUUAUCACUAACUUCUAUAUUACAGUAUGCAUGUUCUUCAUCUUCCUAAAUCUCCUGGAAUUCGCGCUGGUCAAUAGUUAUAUGAGACAAGCUGAAAAGUACGAAAAGAUGGUGAGAACAGUGUCGAAACGUAAACGUUCCUCAAGUGGCAACAUUCCUACGGAUGAGGAAGAUAAUAUGCCGUCAGUUAAAGAACCUAUGGUGUUUAACAACCGUGCGAAUGGUACUAUGAGAGCUAGGGCUCCUGAUUCUUGUAUGUUUUUGAAAAAAAACUUUACUCUGUACAUCUACUUUACCCCUACCCUACCCUUUACUCCGUAAUAUCUUAGAACACCGCGCUUUACUUUAGUAUACAAUAACUUAGCUUAUCUCCACACCCUGCCUCACUAUAUGAUGCCCUACCUUACUAUAUCAUACCCUACCUUACUCUCUAACAAACUAUAAAACUUCUUUUCAGUCUACCGAAACGGCAGUCGAUCCCCAGGCCAGUUCUACCCGCCUUUUGCCUAUCAGAACGGUGGUGGCAGUAACCAUGGCUGUCCACCAUUCCCCAAACCUUACUACUCUCAACAAAACAGUUUCGAUAUGGAAAUGACAUCUCGUUUCAAUCGAACACCAAAAUCGGACAGCAUUUUCGUACCACUGGAUGAGAGUUCACCCACAACUAGGACAACCUUUGUCAGCGAAGACGAUUUUGGUGAAAAUGGGUUUGGCAGUCGAAGAGGGUUUCCUGGAUCUAGUAAGUGACCAAUUUAUUGGUAUUUUUUGUUUUGUAAAGAAAGUUCUUGCCAUUUUUUAUUUUGUAAAGAAAGUUCUUGCCAUUCAAAAAAAAUCGAAUUUUUUAUAAAAAACACCCUACCUUACUCUAACUCUCGACCUUUUCCAGACUACUCCCAAAUGGUCAAACGCAACCGUCCGACCAGUCAGAAGCGCGAGCCAGUCCGCAAUCCAAUCCAGCAAAAUGAAUUCAUCCGGACUGGAUUCGAAUAUUCUAGAAAAGGCCUCACAGUCGACAAAUAUUCGCGGAUUGCUUUCCCGGUCGCAUUCUUACUGUUCAACAUUGUUUACUGGUGGUAUUACUUGUGGUAUCUUACUGAAUUCCCGGUUGAAUAG